GGCCGCUCCCGCCGCUGCCCGAGGGCUCCUCGUGUCCCGGGAGAAGGUCCGAGGGCCGCAGCCCGUCCCGCAGCCCUGGGCACGGUGCGCCGAGCUGUAGCGCACGCGUCUCGCCCGAAGAGCCUCCGCUGAUUCGGCUUCUCCAUCACUUUUCUCUCGGAGAAGGAAUGUAUGCGUGUGCCUCUCCGAAUUGAAAGAUAUUUAUGGAUUUAAAUCAAUGAGAUUAUUUGUAAAAUUACCCGUAAAAUCGGGUCUGACAUCUCCGGCUGAGUUGCACGACGCUGAAGUCGAGUCUAAUUUUUUUUUUUAUUUUUUUUUUUUUUUAAUUUUUUUAGAGCGACGCUUCAUUUCACCUUUUCUGGAAUGGAGAUUUCUUCUCACCAGUUUCACCUCUUGCAGCAACUAAAUGAGCAGCGCAGACAGGACUUGUUCUGUGACUGCAACAUCCUGGUCGAGGGAAAGGUCUUUAAAGCACAUCGCAAUGUGCUGUUUGCCAGCAGCGGCUACUUCAAAAUGCUCCUUUCGCAGAGCUCGAAGGAGACGAGCCAGCCGACGACAGCCACUUUCCAGGCAUUUUCUCCUGACACAUUUACAGUUAUUCUCGAUUUUGUGUAUUCAGGGAAACUGUCUCUCACUGGUCAGAAUGUGAUCGAAGUCAUGUCGGCUGCGAGCUACCUGCAGAUGACCGACGUUAUUAGCGUGUGUAAAACGUUCAUCAAGUCCUCGCUGGACAUCAGCGAGAAGGAGAAGGAUCGGUACUUCAGUCUGUCAGACAAAGACGUAAAUUCCAACGGCGUGGACCGAUCCUGCUUGUACGGUGCUGGCUGGCGGGCAGAAAGCAGCCCCCCGCAUUCACACCUAAGUCCAGACCAAGGGACAUGUAUGAUGGGUGGAAACGCUUGGAGCAAUUUCAGCUACUAUCCGACUUCGCAAAGAAAUGCCCAGCAGCAGCUGUCCAAACACGAGCAAAGGCAGGAUUCCGUAAAGAAAUCCCGGCACCUGGGACUGCAGCAACCUUCUGACAUUCCUCACUAUAAAUCAAGCAAACUGGAGGACAGGGCGGCCGAGCCCGCUGGCCACAUUGCUCAGUCUGAGGAGCAAGUUCCGAUUGAAACAGAAGUUGAAUCUCCUCACGUGGGAUACCAGUACGGCCAAGGGUCUGACGUGAUACCGAGGAGCUUGGCUGUGUCACAGCAGGAGCAUGAAUCACCCCGUUCUUCUAGUAAAUCCAAGUCUUCAAAAGCAGAUGAGCAGUACGCCAGCAUGCCCUCGAUUCUGGGCGUCAUGGGAAGCUGGACUGAAGAUGAUCUGCCCAGGAUGAGGUUCAAGUGCCCGUUCUGCACUCACGUGGUGAAAAGAAAAGCAGACCUAAAGCGUCACCUUCGCUGUCAUACAGGAGAGCGCCCUUACCCUUGCGAGGCGUGUGGGAAAAGAUUUAGCAGGCUAGAUCACCUAAGUAGCCAUUUUCGAACAAUCCAUCAGGCUUGUAAGCCUAUCUGCAGAAAGUGUAAACGCCACGUGACUGAGCUAACGGGACAAGUGGUCCAAGAGGGGACGCGACGUUACAGACUCUGUAAUGAGUGUUUGGCUGAAGCGGGCAUAGACAGUAUUCACAUUGACUUGGAGGCUGAAGCACCCCUUGAAUUUCCACAGGAUGGGGAUAAGGAUUCCCGGUGGCACUAUGGGGAAGACAACAGAUCUGAUGUGGAGAUUGUGGAGGAUGGGUCAACCGACUUGGUUAUUCAGCAAGUUGAUGACAGUGAGGAUGAAGCAGAUGAGAAGGAAGUAAAACCAAAUAUUAGGUAGUUGCAAGACAAGAAUUGGGAAUUCCGUGUCAGAGGGAGAAUGUACUGUCUUGACCAUAAGCCCUCCACCAGCCUGUUGUUAAUUGUACAGAGACACACUGGUUGCUCUUGAACGGGUCCAGGCUUGCAUGUAUUUAUGGACAUGCUGUUGAGUCCAUUCUGAGUUUUGUUAUCAGAAUACCCAUACUUUGCUUCACUAGAAAGGAUCCAUCCUUAAAUGAAAUAAUGGACGAACAAGGAAACCGGAGUUCUACGUGUUUAACUUUUCAUAGUAGACAAUGGGUCACUUCUCAAAACCUCUUUCAAGGGAGUGAGAUCUUAAUACGUUAUUAAAAAAAAAAACAAAACUCACACAGCACUGUAAAUUGCCCAUUUUUUAAACUUGUAGAGAUGUGGGGUUUAUAUGUAAUAUCAUCUGAUGAUCACCCCACACAUCAGAAUAUAAAGAAAACCUCUCUUCAGUAUUCAGAAACGAAGAUAAUCUUUCACGAAAUGUCGUGAAGUCUUCAUAUUAUGAUAAGGAAAAAAGGCAGCUAAUUAAGAAAAAAAAAUACCAAGAAUGUUUUAGCACAUUCGUCUGGAAAAGCACUUUCUUGUAAAAUUUAUUAGAAUAAGGAGAAUCUUUAGCAGAUCUUUCAUUCUAGACCUAUUUCUUUACAAGAAAGUAAACACAUGAAUGCUAGUCCUAGUCAACACACCCGAGAGAAAAUGAUUACAAAUACGGAUCACUAAUUGAUGCCAGUAGAUGUUUUUAUUCAUUCUGAUAAUUGGGAACUCAGACUGGGCUAUGUGUUUUUAGUAAAAUACUCUCUGUUUGUUUUUUUGUUGUUUGUUUUUUGUUUUGUUUUUUUUUUUAAACCUCUCAAAAGUGCCAGACCAACAGGACUGGUAGCCCUGCAUCCAACAGGGCUGUGGCAGUUCUCCAUGCCAACGUGAAGGAAACAAUCCUUACGAGGUUACUUUAGCUGUUGUUUUCUCUCGUUGUUCCCCGUUUUAUUUGCCGCUAACAGUGGCAGAACAAUUUGUACAGUAUACAUACUAUAUCAUUAGAAAUGGAACUGAUGAGAUCUUCCAUCUGAAACCAUUGACUACUCUCGUUCGUAUUGACCUGUACUCGAUUUAAACCGAUGGGUUUGAAGAUGGACUCAUUAUCAAUUUAUAUAUUCCCAAAGUCAUUUGCUCACCAAGUGAACAUCCUUUCACCUUGUCCAGUCUGUACUAUAUGCCAGUGAGAACAAGAUGUACGGGAAGUUCUAGACAUUUUAUUUGUGUAAUUUUACCUACAAUUAGAGUACAAGAGAUGACUAAUGGUGAAGAAAAUUUACUUCUUUAACAAAAUAAGCCACUUUGUUUUGUUACUUAGUGAGUUUAUCUUGGCCAGCACUGUAAGCAGGAGAGAAGUAUGCUCCGGAGGGGCAUUCACCCUGCAUUUUCUUAGUCAGACCUGAGUAUUACUACAGUAUUCAUCCUGUGAUCAUUGAACUCAAUGGCUAUAGGCUUAGAAAACUUUUUUUUUUUUUCUUUUUUUACAACUUUGUAAGCAUGUUUGGCUGAAACCCGGGAUUAAUUACAAAACAAUCCCAUAUAUAUAUACUAUAUAACCUAUUUCCCAGGGACAGCUAAAAAGACAUUAUUUUAUUUUUAUUUGUGUAAAAACUGUAUAGCCUUAUUAGUAUCAUCAUUACCAGAGAGUGCAGCAUUUUCAUUCCAGACUGCAGAUGGCCAGCCUACAGUUCUCUUAAAUGACAGCUCAAGUGCUUCCUACUGAGUUCACAGUGUAAGCAUUAAGGGCCCUGCCCCUCCGACCUGCCAGGCUGUCAAGAAGCAGCCUGCUGGUAUGUUCUAAAGAGGCAAGAAGGGGUAUUUUAUCAUUCCUGCAAAAAUUAUUGUCCAUUGGCUUAGACUUGGGGAGGGGGGUGGAAGGGGGGAACUUAAAAAACUUUCUGAUGACCCAUAUGAAACCAUCCAGGCAAGACUUACCCUUGCCUAGGUUUGAUGUUACACUUUGGUCAGGAGUCCGCAAAAAUGGAUUUGAUGUGAAAGUUUGCUGGUUGAUUUCUCGGAGCUUGUUACUCCUAAAAUGCAUAUUAUUAAAUGGCUGAGAAAUAUUCCUGAGCAACCUGAACUAAAUCAAAUGCAGAACAAAGAAAUACCUAAAAGAAUAUGGAAUGACUUUGAUCAAAUUUCAAGAGGAAAAUGCUUGCUGAAAUCAGUUUUAAUAGAUUUUUCCGUUUUUCCUUUACAUUAAAAAAUAUGCACAAUAAAUUCUAGGUAUCAGUGCCUGCUGUCCCAGAAUACAAA